AUCAGCUGUUCGUUAAAAAAGAAAAACAACCCAAAAAAGAAGCAAGAAAAAAUUCCUCUGCAUUUAAAAAAUUAUUAAAAAUUUCAUUCGAAAAAAACUUCUGUGAUUGUAUACAAAAUUGUUACUAAUAACUUUAUUCCAACAAACAAUGAGCAAUCAAAUUGAGAAUUCAACAAUGCUCCCAUCACGAAUUGUAUUGAUUGCUUGUGGUUCCUUCAGUCCACCAACUCCAAUGCAUUUUCGAAUGUUUGAAAUUGCUCGUGAUUAUUUUGAAAUGAUGGGCACACAUUCUGUCAUUGGUGGCAUAAUAUCACCCACUCAUGACUCAUACGGAAAGAAGGGUUUAGCACCGGCCAAACAUCGCUUUGCUAUGGUGAAAUUAGCUCUACAAUCCUCGGAUUGGAUUCGAGCAUCUGGUUGGGAAAUUGAGAAGAAUGAAUGGUCACGAACACAACAAGUUUUAAAUUUCCAUCAAAAUUACAUGAACAAUUACAUUAACUCCCCAUUUACUGGAGACUCAAGUGUUAUUCCUGGGUGGUUGCCCAGAGGAUUGAAAGAUCGUAGAGAAAAAGUUCAAUUGAAGCUUCUUUGUGGAGCUGAUUUAUUGGAAUCCUUUGCUGUACCUGGACUUUGGUCUAAUGACGAUAUUGAAGAUAUUAUAAGUAAUCAUGGUUUGGUGGUGAUAUCACGAAGUGGAACCAAUCCUGAAAAAUUUAUUUUUGAUUCAGAUAUUCUCACAAAAUAUCAGAAAAACAUAACUUUAAUAACUAAUUGGGUGCCUAAUGAAGUUAGUUCAACAAUGAUUCGACGACUUCUUAGUCGGGGACAAUCAGUCAAAUACCUGAUUGAUGAUCUGGUUCUAGAGUAUAUAAAAAUGAACGGACUUUUUAAUUACAAAACUAAGUAUAUAACACAUCUCGAUAUAAAUGAUGGUGUUUUUAAUGAUUCGUAUAUAAAUCAAGUUAAUAUGAGCUCCCUUGAUAGUACUCCAUCUCCAUCAACCAUGGACGAAACCGAUAAUAAUUCAUUUAAAUCCAAAUUUUUAACUAGUAUUCAUUUAGAUAAUGAUCAUCCUAGGAUAUUUUGUUGUGGUAACUCGGAUUCGAUUGGCUCGAAAUUACUUAGUCGCUUACCAGGCCAAGCUGUACAGAUCAUAACUGAGUCUCCAAAUAGAAGUCAUGAUCAAGAUGAGAUAAAAGCCAAGAAGGUAAGAAAAACAGCCCCUGAAAUGGUUUAAAUGGAGAAGCUGUGUAUACCUUAAAAUGUCCUUUCGGCUUAUCAGAGACAAACAAAAAAAAAAACAACACUUGGAACUUGAAAUAUUUUUAUGUAAACA